AUGGUUGACGAAGGGGAAAUACUGUACUACCAAGCAAAGGCACGAGUAGUUCGAGCAUUGGCCCGAGUCACUUAUUUCGUCAAAACAGUAAAUGACUACCUUGCUGACAAAAAUAGUACCAGCAAAAGAGCAAAGGUGGAAACCAUGUUUGUGGAGCUAAAGGGCAUACGUAUAGAGGUCAAUAAUGAUAUUGACAUCAUGGAGCACGCAGUAAGUUCAAAAACAGCACCUGAGGGUGUCACGGACAAUACCUGCUCAAUGUCGUUUGUUGAUUCCUUUGAUACAAUGUACUAUGACCUUAUGGCAAUGGCGAAGCUUCAUAAGAUACCACUAUCUUCGCAAUCUGAUACUUCACAGGUACAUAAUACAACUCAGUUUGGUGGGACUCAACAUUUAUCAAUCUACCAAUUACCAAAACGGUCAUUUCCGACUUUUUCCGGUGAUAUAACCGAAUUUCAAGGGUUUGAAGAUCUUUUCUUGUCAAUACUUUCACAUACCCCGGACAUGUCUGACGUUGAAAAAUUUGAAUGCCUACGGACAUCAUUGGUGGGAGAGGCACUCUCUCUGAUAGUGCAUCUCACGUUAACACCAGCAAACUAUAAAAGUGCUUGGGAAAUUCUGCGGAGUCGGUAUGGAAAUAAGCGUGACUUAGCUCGGAUCCAUCUAGAUGCUUUGCUAACACCACAUACCGUUACAUUUAACAAAGCCGAUUCAAUUAAACGCGUAAUAAACACGAUUCUGGAACACACCGCUGCAUUAGACAAUCUGACCUUUGCUACUCGUCAGUGGGGUCCUAUACUCAUUCACAUAUUUGAAAAACAUCUGGAUUAUGAACUGAGGUCUCGCUGGGAACUGACAGUCGGUGACAACUUUUCUCCACAAAUUAACGAAUUCGUUGAUUUCUUACGUAGUCAUAUCCGUUCGGCAGAAGUACACUCGUACAGUCACACACAAGCGGGAAAUGCAACCAAACCAAAAGGGACAUCUCAAAAAUCGACCUCAAAUUCAAAACCUGGACCGUCUCCUAAAGUGUUAAUCACAAGCACUCCUAAGACGUUUACCAAAAGCUGUGCCAUGUGCAAAGAUACUCAUUCCAUACGUCAAUGUCCAAGCUUUCUCAGUGAAACUCCAACCGAACGUUUCCAACUAGCGAAAAGGCUUAAUCUCUGCAUCAAUUGUUUGGGGUCCGGUCAUUCAUAUACAACGUGUCCUUCAAAAAACACUUGCAAAUCCUGCCAAAAGCAGCACCAUUCGCUGCUUCAUUUUACAGCAGCUGCUACGUCAACUGCAACCACUGUGUCCCCCACCACAAUGCUAGUAGCUGACGCAGUGCCUCGAUCUGUCCUAUUGUCAACGUUACUGGUUAACAUCCAAUCAACCCAUCAAGAGACCCACACUUUCCGAGCACUUUUGGACACUGGAUCCCAAGUUAACUUCAUUACGAAAAACUGUGCUGAUCGUCUUUCACUGGCACGACGUCGCUGUUCAGCUCAGGUGAAUGCCUUCUCAGACACGUCUGUUAAUGUGGUAUCGGGUAUAACUUCUAUCAGGCUGUCACCAUUGGGAAAGUCUGAGCCACUUUUUCCUCUCGACGUUUUCAUUGUAUCCAAAAUUACAGACGCCACACCUCAAUCAAAUAUUAAAUCUUCUUUGUGGUCUCAUUUGACGAAUUUAGAUUUAGCUGACCCAACAUUCAAUAUUCCUGGUCCAAUCGACAUUUUACUGGGGGCUGAUGUUGCACCUACAUUACUCACGGGAAAUCGCAUCGCAGGUCAACCUUUAGAACCAACUGCCUUUGGUACUAUCUUUGGAUGGGUAUUGAUGGGACCAGUCUCACCAAAACAGACAAAUUUGGCGACUUCUGUGUUAGUGACUUCUAAUCUAUCGUUAGAACACUCCUUGACCAAAUUCUGGGAAAUGGAAGAACCACCUAAUGUUCAACAUCUAAGUCCCGAUGAAAUUCAAGCUGAAGCAAUAUUCACUUCUUCAAUCAAACGCCUGGAAUCCGGACGGUUCAGUGUUGCAUUACCCUUCAAACAUUCACACCCCAUCCUAGGAGAUUCCAAAAGUGGAGCCCUGAAACGGUUCCAUAGCCUCGAACAUCGACUAUCACGUGACGAAAAUCUUAACAAAAACUAUUCAGACUUUAUGAGGGAUUAUCUUGAAAAUAAAUACAUGGAAGCGGUUCCGAAAAAUAAUCAGAAUACUCCUUAUUGUUAUUAUAUACCUCAUCAUUGCAUUCUACGCCCGGAAAGUCAGACUACUAAGCUCCGCGUGGUUUUCGAUGCAUCGGCUCGAACCACCACAGGUCAAUCUUUGAAUACAAGCUUAUAUACUGGGCGCAAGCUACAGCAAGAGAUCACUCAAAUUUUGAUUCGUGCACGAGUACAUACAUUUUUGUUCACUGCGGACAUAAAGCAAAUGUAUCGUCAAAUCGAAAUCCAUCACACCGAUCGGGACUACUUGCGGAUUUUUUGGCGUUUCAACCGUGAUUUACCCAUCGAUGAAUAUAGGUUAUGUACCGUUUCAUAUGGCACCUCCUGUGCUCCAUAUCAAGCACUACGUACGUUACAACAUUUAGCAAAGAUUGAAGGAGAUAGAUUCCCAGUCGCAGCCAAUGUAAUCCUGAACGAUACAUUUGUUGAUGACAUACUCACAGGAGCUAGCUCGGAAGAUGACACAUUACAUUGUCAACAACAGGUUAUUUCGUUGUGUGCUCAAGGAAAAUUCCAACUUAGAAAAUGGGCUAGCAACUUACCCAGCAUCUUGCAGUCGGUACCCACCACUGAUUGCUUAAUGUCUCAUGUCGUGCAGCUCGAUGACGACAUGGAUGCGAAGCUAAAGAUCCUUGGCAUGCAGUGGAACCCUACGCAAGACCAAUUUUCAUAUAAUUGUCAUACUCCGAGCAAUACAGCGACCAAGCGGUCAGUUUUAUCAGAUCUGGCACGCAUUUUUGAUCCACUGGGUUUCCUGUCACCUGUCACAUUCAUGGCUAAACACCUAAUGCAACUCUUGUGGGCAUCCGGAAUAGGUUGGGAUGAUCCCAUUCCUGUACAAACGCUAACAAUUUGGCAACGAUACCGACAAGAACUGAACUGUAUAAAUGAAUUGACCAUUUCUCGUCGAAUCACGUUUGACGGUCACCCAACAUAUGAGCUGCAUUCCUUUUCGGACAGCUCCGAAAAGGGAUACGCCGCUGCCGUUUAUCUCCGUUGCAACACAGGUAGUGUCGUUCGUUGCCACCUUAUCUUGGCAAAAUCAAAGGUAGCCCCACUAAAGCGUGUCACAAUUCCACGGCUGGAACUUUGUGGUGCGUUGCUUGCUGCAAAAUUGUUACAUUCGGUACAUACAAUUCUAACACCUAUGUUACAAAUCGAGAGUAUGCAGGCCUGGACGGACUCUACAACAACUCUGGCCUGGAUCAAGUCAUCGCCUCAUCGAUGGACAACUUUCAUUGCGAACCGAACAAGUCAACUGCAAGAAUACACACCCCCAUCUAUCUGGAGGUAUGUUCCAACAGCUGACAACCCUGUAGAUUGUGCUUCACGAGGACUGUACCCUUCGGAAUUACUUCAGCAUCCUCUGUGGUGGUCUGGACCAAGUUUCCUUUCCCAGGACCCCUUAACAUGGCCAUCAAUGCAAAUUCAAAUGGAUGCUGAUGGAACUAAUCUUGAAGAACGUAAAACCAUUCUGGUGGUAACCACCAAUGUGCACAUAUUUACUCAACUUCUGUAUCGUCUCUCAUCUUUGACUAAAAUUAUACAUGUUGUUGCGUAUUGCCUAAGGGUUUUCCAAAAAUCUAGGGUUACUAAAAUCAAUUUGUUUCCAGCUGAACAAGUACGGGCACUACAACUUAUUAUUCAAUUAGUUCAAAAACAAUCAUUCGCCGACGAAUGGGCGCACAUACGUGAUCCUCUGCAUCCUGGUCAGAGUAAACUACGAAACCUCAGUCCCUUUUUUGAUGAACAUGGACUCAUCCGUGUAGGUGGUCGCUUGAAGCAUGCUGAAAUCCCAUACGAACAGAAGCAUCCGAUUCUUCUUCCUCGGUCCCAUCGAUUGACGGAUUUACUCAUUGAUGAUUUCCACACACAAAACAAACAUCCCGGGGCCACUACACUUCAAACAAUUAUUUCACAACAAUAUUGGAUAAUCGGUAGUCGCCAAGUCAUUAGAUCUCGACUAAGACUCUGCAUAGCUUGCUACAAAACUCGCCCUCGCAAUUCACAACCAUUUAUGGGAGAUAUUCCAAAAUGUCGCUUACAGCAGGUGAAGCCAUUCAUGAUAACAGGUGUAGAUUAUGCAGGUCCUAUAAUGUUAAGGUCUUCCACGACUCGACGAAAGGUACCAAGUCAGGCCUAUAUUUGCCUUUUUGUGUGUAUGACGACAAAGGCAUUACACUUGGAAGUCGCUUCUGAUUUAUCGUCGGAAACAUUCCUGAUGGCCUUCUGUCGGUUCAUUUCACGACGAGGGCUGGUUGAACAAAUGCACAGUGAUUGUGGAACAAAUUUUGUAGGCGCAGCCAAGCUAUUCCAAUCCGUCGAUCAAUUUACACAUUCUAAGGAAUUUCAAGACAAAUGUCAAACCUAUCUAAUGUCUCGUAAUAUAAGCUGGCACUUCAACCCUCCGUCCGCACCUCACUUUGGAGGACUUUGGGAGGCAGGUGUCAAAUCAGUCAAAACUUUAUUGUAUCGAACGCUUGGGCUUCAACGGCUGAAGUAUGAAGAAUUAUCUACCCUUCUGAGUCGCAUUGAAGCCACCUUGAACUCUCGUCCACUAGGCGCCAAGAGUUCAGAUCCCUCUGACUUCGAAGCUCUCACUCCGAGUCACUUUCUUACACUCAUGUCCAGUACUGCCCAUGUGGAACCUAACUUGGUCAAUGUUCCGCUUUCCCAUUUUCAACGUUGGAGAAUGAUUAAGGACAUCCAUUCUCAUUUUUGGAAACGUUGGCAAACUGAAUACUUGCAAACGCUUCAAAAUCGUACAAAAUGGACAGCCCAUAACCCAAAUUUGAAAAUUCAUGAUUUAGUCCUCAUCCGGGAACCAACAGCCCCCCUCUUAUGGAAACUUGGACGGAUUCUUCAAUUACAUCCCGGUGAAGAUGGCAUUGCCAGAGUUGCCACUGUACAAACAGCGACUGGGAUUCUUAAGAGACCAGUUGUAAAGCUUUGUCCACUUCCAAUAUGUUAA